UUAAGCAAAUAGACAAAAUAUAAGGUUUAAAAGGGAACUAAAAUAGAUGAUUCUACAGUAUGCUUUUACAAAAAGUCUUGUCCUUGAAUCCUGCGCCUGUGAUCGUCAACUGAGUCCAACCUGUUGUGCAUCUUUCUAAUGGGUCACAGACAUUAUUUACAGUUGAUGCUUCACAGAAUCCGCCCUGUUGAGGAGACGAGGACUAAGCCACUGAGGCAAAGGGCUUUGUUAUAUAUACAAGCUUCAUAUUUAAUACAAAUGUGACUUUUUGUGUUUGUUUAAAGGGAGACGGUGUCUCUCCCUGCCCUUCUGUCAGCUGUGUGUCAGCGGGAGGUCCAAGUCGACUUCUGUCUCCUGUACGAUUAGGAUGAGAUCAACGUUAAAUCUCCGUCCUUUACUGUAAAAACUUCAGAUCAAAAGAACUUUACAUUUCAGGGAAACAAGUCUAGUUCACACACGGUCACUCCCUCCACCAAGGGUGGGAGUGACCGUGGGAGUGUCCUCCUAUUAAAGCAGCCAACAUCCUCCGCCGUGCAUACGCUCCUCUGGGCCUCUUACAGUCGCUUUCAGCCCACCUCGACCCGUUCGGCUGCAGCUCUCACAGCGUUCAUUGCCAAAAGGUUUGGACCAACCAAACACGAUGGGCUGUGUUCAGAGCUUCAGGGACUUGUGCGACGGUCAGAAAAACACCAACGUCCGUAUCAGCCUGCCAGCGGUUUGCGUCGUGUGGCAAACAGCCAUGAUCAUCUUGUUUGGGGUUUUCAUUCGCUACGAUGAAGAAUCAGAUCCACACUGGGUCGAGCACAGACACCAAAAAAAUAUAACAAGCGACAUAGAGAACGACUUCUACUUCAGAUAUCCAAGUUUCCAGGACGUGCAUGUGAUGAUCUUUGUGGGAUUUGGCUUCCUGAUGACGUUUCUUAAGCGCUACAGCUUCGGCGCCGUGGGUUUCAACUUCCUGAUCGCAGCCUUUGGCCUCCAAUGGGCGCUGCUGAUGCAGGGCUGGUUCCACCACCUGGACCCUGCGGACGGAAAGAUCAAAAUCGGAAUUGAAAGCAUGAUCAACGCUGACUUCUGUGUGGCGGGCUGCUUGAUAGCCUUCGGGGCGGUGCUGGGUAAAGUCAGUGCAGUCCAGCUGCUGGUUAUGACCCUGUUUGGGGUCACGCUGUUUGCUGUGGAGGAAUACAUUAUCCUAAAUAUCAUACAUGCCAGAGAUGCCGGAGGCUCCAUGGUGAUCCACACGUUCGGUGCUUACUAUGGUCUGACCAUCUCGUGGAUGCUCUAUCGGCCCAACCUGGACCAGAGCGACCGUUUGCACGGCUCCGUCUAUCACUCGGAUGUCUUUGCCAUGAUCGGCACCCUGUUCUUGUGGAUGUUCUGGCCCAGCUUCAACUCGGCCAUCACAGACCACGGCGACGGGCAGCACCGAGCGGCCAUGAACACGUACCUGGCUUUGGCCGCGACGGUGCUCACUACUGUCGCCAUCUCCAGCCUCUUCCAGAAGCAUGGGAAACUAGACAUGGUCCACAUCCAGAACUCCACUCUUGCUGGAGGUGUUGCGGUUGGAACUGCAGCGGAGUUCAUGCUGAUGCCCUACGGCGCUCUAAUCGUGGGCUUCUGCUGUGGAAUCAUCUCCACACUGGGAUACAUCUACCUCUCGCCUUUCAUGGAGAAGCACCUGAAGAUUCAGGACACGUGUGGCAUCCACAACCUGCACGCCAUGCCGGGAGUCAUCGGGGGCAUCGUGGGAGCCAUCACUGCUGCAGCUGCAACGGAGUCUGUUUAUGGUGUUGAGGGGCUCAUCAACACCUUUGACUUCAAAGAUGAUUUCAAAGACAUGGUACCCUUACGGCAGGGCGGCCACCAGGCUGCGGGCCUCUGUGUGGCGCUCUGCUUUGGCGUGGGCGGAGGUAUUGCUGUCGGUUGUAUUUUAAGACUGCCCAUCUGGGGAGAUCCCGCAGAUGACAAUUGUUUUGACGAUGAGGCGUACUGGGAGGUCCCUGAUGAGGAAGAGGACAUCCCACCAAUUCUCCAGUACAACAACCACAUGCGGAGCAAAGAUGUAGCGGAGUCAAAUUUCUCUGUGGAACCGACCUCACGCUAGGCCUCGUCCUAAUGGGCGUCUCUCUUCAUCACACGUGAUCUGUUUGGUCCUUUUAAUUUUCCUACAGACAGAAAUAUUCCUUUAAAACAAUCAAUUUGUUGUUUGUUUGCUUAAGACCUACACAAGAUGUACUUUGCUGUACGUCCCUGUCUCUAUGACAGGUCACAUUGAAAGACAAUGCAGAGGUUUGUAUGAACAGCUAGAGCUGUUGCAUUUGUAUUAAAUUUAGUAAUGCGAAUAUGUGCAGUAUCCCUUUACACCCUAAUUUAGCAUUAGCAUACAUUCUAUAAACUCGAAAUAUGUGUCUUUCAAAACCCCAUAAUGUACUGUUGCAAUCACUAAAUAAUGUAUUUUUUAAUUGUAUUGUUUUGUGUUUUAUUUGUAUCUUAUUCACGAGCCCCCACCCAUUGGUGCUCACGGCCGGAGUUACUGAGAAAUUGUUGGUGCAAAAUAAACCGUCUAUCAAAUGUUUUGUAUUAUGUAUAGAUACAAAUAAGAGGGUUUAAGUAAUAUGUCACGUUACUGUUCUGAGAAUGAGUGGUUGUGUCAAAAGCUGUUUGUAAAUUUAAACUUUCCCAAUUUAAAUAUAUAAGUCAUGCUGUCUUGAAAAAUAAUUUCAUUGUAAUGUAAU